UUUCCGUCGGCAGAUUUGGGCUCAGAGCUGCAGAAAUCCCUCGACAGCGACUCUGACAGUGGCCAGGGCAGCGGUGAGACAGUGUCCCCCGAAGCCCUGGGCCAGGGAGCAGUGUCCCUCGAGGAUGGAGACUCAGAGGAAGAGGUUUUUGUGCGUAAAAAGGCAAAGAGCAAGAAGGUUCUGCAGGACAGUGACAGUGAAGAUGGAGAAGACAGAGGCUCAUCCAUGCAGGAGGAUCCUCUGGGUGGAGAGCAGGAGAACGGGGAGAAGGAGAACAUUUCUGCCCAGAGGGACAGGAAAUCCCAUCAGAUUCGCCAGGCACUGCUGGACAGUGAUGACAGUGACACUGGGGAGCAGCAGCAGGCUGAAAACCUUGGGACAAGCAGGACAUCUGGCUUGCCUGAGGCUGAGCUGGAAGAGGAGAGACCCCUAAAAUCUGGGAAAAAGUACAGGAAACAUAAACACAAACACAAUGUUGAAGAGGAGAUGGGAAAAAAAGCUGCAGGGAAAUCCAGAAGGAGGAAGGAGAAGGAGACGAGAACGGAGUCCCUGAAACAGCUGAGGAAAGAGGAGAAGCCUGGGGCAGAGGGGAAGCAGGUGGAUGGGGGUGAGAGGUUUCCCUUCAAUGACAGUGGAUGUCUUCUGGAUGACAAAGACCUCUUUGACAAUGGAUUGGAAGAGGAGAGUGACCUCCCCCCUGAGGAUGAGGAGUCAUUGGAGUCAAUACGAGCAGCAGUGAAACACAAGAUGAACAAGUAUAAGAACAAAGAGCGUUUUCCUGAAGGUGAAGGCUACAAACAUGUAUUUCAGGAGGAGGAGGAGCCUGUGAUAAAGGAACCCAAAAGGAAGGAGAGGAAAGCAGCAAGGCUAAGUAAAGAAGCCAUUAAACAGCUGCACAGUGAGAGCCAGAGACUUAUCAGAGAAUCAUCUGUGUCUCUGCCCUAUCACAUGCCUGAGACCAAGAGCAUCCAUGACUUCUACAAGCGCAGACCUCGCCCAGCGUGUCAGGGCAGUGCCAUGGCCUUGCUGAAGUCCUCUAAAUACCAAGUGCCCCUGGCUGAGGACUCUGCAGGCACUGGGAACUCGAGCAGGGACUGCAGAGAUGUGCCAGUGGAAGGGGCUCAGUCAGCAGCUGAUGAGCCAGAAACAAACCUUGGCAGAGAUGUUGAUGCUGCUGUGACCAAACCUCUUGGUGCUGUAGGGAAGGACUUGCCAGAGGCCUGUGCUGAGCAGCCCAGGCAGGACAGUGAUGACUCUGCUGCAGCUGCAGGGACUGCAACAACUGGUGGGAACACAGAGGAGCAGCAGCUCUCCAACCUCCUGAGCACUGACCAUGGUGAGCAGGACAGCGAAAUUCCUCCAGCAGCUGGAGAUGCCUCUGAGCAGAGAGGGGAAACAGCACCAGAUGCACAAGGUGAAACACACAGUCAACAAGUGGGGCCAGGGCUGGGGGCACAGCCUGAAAAAGUGAGGAAAUCCAAGCUGGAUAAGCUUCGUGAACUGGGAAUAGACCUGUCCAUCAAGCCAAGAAUCUGCUCUGACAAUGAGUCCUUCAUAAACCUCGAGGAAGCUGAACCAAAUAAAGAGCUGGAGGCCCUGAAGGAAAGAUUCCUGAAGCACAGUCUGGGAAUGGCCAAACCCAGAGCCGAAUGCACCAUAAACGUGAACAUCAUCCGGAAGGAGACGACGCCGGAUGGGAAGGAGGAGCUGAGAGCAGAGGUGGUGCCAGCAGUGCUGGCUGCAGAGAACCUGGAGGACACAGCCCAUACAAAGCCAGGUGAGAAGCUCCAGGCCCUGAAGGCCAAGCUGCAGGAGGCCAUGAAGCUCCGCAGGACCGAGGAGCGGCAGAAGCGACAUGCACUGUUCAAACUGGACAAUGAGGAGAUGCUGGAGGAGGAGGAGGAGGAGGAGGAAGAAGAGAUGACAGAGGAGUCUGAGGAAGAGGAAGAAGGUGAUCAUGAGGAUUCAGAAUUUCUCCUUGGGGAAGCAGAGGAAGAUAAUGAAGAUACAGAAGAGAAACACAUUGAGGACGGUGAUAAGGAAACGGACAAAGAAUCCAUGGAUGGGGAAAAGCUGGAGAAAUCUGAGCACUGUGAUUCUGUCCUCAAACUUCCUUCAGCAGAGUCUACCCUGCUGCUUUUCAAGGACAGUUCCUCAAAAAUGGGAUCUUCUCUUCCUGAUGAGAAACUGGAAAUGGAAGAAACUACAGAGAAAGGACCUACCAAGUUGGAGGAUGAUGAUUCGUCCUCUCUGCCCACACUGGCGAAGGAGAACAGCCACAACAGCAGCUUUGAGCUGAUUGGGUCCAUGAUCCCUUCCUACCAGCCCUGCAACAAACACUCCUCGCGUGGAGGGACCUUCCUGCCUGCAGCAGGAGGCUUCAGGUCGCCUUCCCCAGGCUUCUUCAAGACAAGCUUUCUCAGCUCUGCUUCCAAGAGCUCGGGGAAGACGUCUGAGCCCUCUCUCCCCAUAGAAGACUCCCAGGACCUGUAUAAUGCCUCUCCCGAGCCCAAGAGUUUGUUCCCAGGGGCUGGGGAGUCACGGUUUCAGUCUUCCCUGGAAGAUGACACUCAGAGCCAACUGCUUGACUCAGAUGGGUUCUUGAACGUGGGUCAGCACAGGAGUAAAUACCAGAGCCCGAAGCAUCGGCUGCCCCUGGCCAGCAUGGAUGAGAAUGCCAUGGAUGCCAACAUGGAUGAGCUGCUGGACCUGUGCUCUGGGCAGUUCAGCAGCCAAGUGGAGCAUGUGCCAAACUCCAGCAGCAACAAAAAGCAGAACAUGGAAGAACUCCUCAAUCUCUGCUCAGGAAAAUUCGUGUCUCAGAGUUCUCCAACUUGGGCAUCUUCAGUGUCUUCCAAGGCAGGAAAAGACAGUGACAUAGAAGAUCCCAUGGCAGAGGCUCUGGAGCUCUGCUCAGGCUCCUUUCCCACAGACAGGGAAGAGGAAGAGGAGGAGGAGCAGGAGGAGGAAGAAUUUGGUGACUUUCAGCUUCUAACGGACGAUGAGGCCUGUGCGGGCGCAGAGGAUGAGAAAAGUGGAGGUAGUGCUGCUGAAGAAGCAGAGACGAGUGAUGAAGAGGAAGAGCUGCUGAGGCAUAGACAGAGCUUGAAGAAAAAACUGAGACUGCAGGAUUUCAUGGAUGAUGAGGCAGAGCUGUCGGGGAGUGACGUGGGCAGUGAGGAUGAGUAUGAUGGGGAAGACCUGAACGAAUAUGAAGAAGAGAAGAUCGAUGAGGAGCUCCCCAGUGAGGAGGAACUGGGAAACCAAAUACAGAGGUUUCACAUGAAGGCAAUGCUGGACCAUGACAAGCGCCAGCUGAGGCUGUUCCAGGAGCAAUACCUCCCGGAUGGAGAUCUGCACAGCGACGGCCCCGGCAGGACCAGGAGGUUCAGGUGGAAAAAUAUCGAUUUUGCUUCGCAGAUGGAUUUGUUCCAGCGAGACUCGGAGGAUGAGGAGGACAGUGAGCAGCUGGACGAGGCCGAAGCCAAGUGGAGGAGGGAGCGGUUCGAGCGGGAGCAGUGGCUGAGGGAGCAGAAGGAAAAGAAUAAGGAGGAGGAGGAGGAGGAGGAGGAGGAAAUCGGGGAAGACAGUCAGUUCAUGAAGCUGGCGAAGAAAGUGACUGCCAAAUCCCUGCAGAAGAAAGCCAGCUCAGCAGUGGUGGCACAGGACUCAACCCUCCUGCCCAGGAACCCAUUUGAUGCCUUCAGACCUGCCAGGGACACCCAGAUAAAAAAUGGGUCUCUCCUGAACAGGCCUCAGGCUAUGCUUCAGAAACUAGCAGCCAUGUCAGAUCCCAAUCCAAAUGCCCCUCGAAAUUCAAGGAAUUUUGUCUUUCAUACACUUUCCCCAGAGAAGUGCGAAGAGGCAAAGGAGAAAUCAAAGCUCCAGGUGAAGAAGAGAGUUCCCCCUGCAGUGAUCACCUCUCCGGCCAAGAGGCCCAGGAUGGAGAGUGCAGAGGGAACCGCUCAGAGCCGAAGCAUAUUCCAGUACUUGGAGAGCUGA